AUGCUACUUGUCGUGUUCUCUGCUGUCAUUGCUGCCAUCGCAGGUCUCGCCGUGAUGGGAUUUCUGACAAGCAGAAAGCAGUUCGAGGUCGUGGAGCGGACAGUCAUUAUCACAGGAGGCUCACAAGGACUUGGUCUUGAACUAGCUAAGCAGUUAUCAGCUAAGGGUGCUAAUAUUGUGAUUGUUGCUCAAACAGUCUCUAAGCUAGAACAUGCUCUCGAGUCUAUUCGCAAUGCGGCUGUACGCCCUGCCGCUCAGAGGUUUAUGUACCUCUCGUACGACCUGCGAUCACCCGAUUCGGCCUCUUCCAUCCUCUCUAAGGUGACUCAAUGGAACGACGGCAUACCAGCAGAUAUUGUCAUCAACUGUGCUGGACAUUGUAUACCUGGAUUUUUCGCUUCAUGCACAGCUGAGACCUUGAGAGACCAAAUGGACACUCUUUACUGGUCCUGUGCUUACAUGGCUCAUUCCACUCUACAACAGUGGACCAAGCCUGUUGAUAAGCAGACACAGAAGAGCUACGACAACAAGCCUAGGCAUCUGAUCUUCACCUCAAGUGUGCUAGCCUUCAUGCCACUUGCUGGCUAUGCUGCCUACAAUCCAGCCAAGGCUGCUAUGAGAGCUUUAGCAGACACACUUAACCAGGAAGUUCAGGUGUACAACGGCACAAGGCUGCAUCCCACUGAAGCAGGUCCUGCUGCUGAGAUAAAGAUUCAUGCUAUCUAUCCUGGUGGUAUCAAAACUCCAGGAUUUGAGAAUGAAAUGAAGCUCAAGCCCGCUCUUACUAACAAGUUAGAAGAGGAUGAUAGACCGCAGCAGCCAGAUGAUCUGGCUAGGAUCAUCAUAGCUGAAUUAGAAGCUGGAAGGUACAUGAUUACGUCUUCAUUCGUUAGCAACGUCAUGAAAGGUUGGGCUAUGGGUGGAAGCCAGCGAACAGGACUGGCAGACUACUUCUGGAAUGGCUUGGGCUCCCUCAUUGUCCUCUUCAUCGCGCCUGAUUUCAUGUCAAAAUGCAGAAAGUGGGGCAAGCAAAAAGGUCUUCAAGCUGCUAUUUGA